AUGGCAAACACGCAAUCCAAAGUCGAUACAUUAGAAGAACAUAAUUCCAAACUUAUAGCUGAGAUUGCUGAGCUUAGAAAGGAGAAUGCGAAGCUGAAGAGGAUUAUUGAGGAGAAUGAAAAGCGCGUUGUUAGAGUCGAGGAAUUAGAACAAAAGAAUAUAGAGCUUGAGACUAGGCUCGCUAUAUUAGAACAGGGAAAAGAAGAAAAAAGUAUUUCUAUUGCAGAGCAAUGGCUCUUUGAGCCUACGGAAGAUGUUUCGCACUCUCCAGUGGUCUUGCAAAAUAAGGAUGCUCCGGCAUCUGAUGUAUCCAAUAAUGUUUCAAAUUCUGGUGAAUAUCAGUCUCGAGUCUCCGAUUCAUCUUUGACUAUACCACCUAUAUGUGUAAAGUCUAAAUCAUCGGAAGAUAAAAGGGUUGAUAAUUUUCUGAAUGAAAAACGUGAUGAACAGAUUCAUAACGAAAUAAGAGAAAGGAAUCGGGAAGAGAAGCUAUUACAGAGUAAUGAAGCUUCCACUUCUCAAGCCCAAAACUCAUAUUCGGAUAGCUCGCCAAAAUCUCAUAAUGAAUUACACAUCAAACAAAUUUAUAUAGAAAUCAAAAUGAUGUAUCUGGAGAAGACGCCUCUGGACGUGUCGAUUAUUCGAUCAAAGGAUGUGAAGAUCUUAUAUUCGGUAUAUAGCUGA